AUGCCAGAUGUGAGUUUUUUCUUGUUGGGGGGGAAUGAAAAUGAGAUGACCUUUGGUCGAAAAAAUUGAUUUUGUCUUGCGAAUUGUAUAAAUAAAAGAGGAAGAGUGUAGUUGUUGAACAAAUAUCCUGUUGCUUUGCAAAAACAAUUGUACUUGCAAAAUAGAAGGAACUUUUUUUUUGGAAAAACAAUUAUGGGCUUUUUUGUAAUAAAAUGGCAUAGAACCUUGAUAUUUUUUUUCAUGUAGGAAAUUUUCGAAAAAAAAACAUUAAUUUGAUCAGAGAGAACGUAAAAUUGAGAGAGUCUAGACUCUCUCAAUUUCACGUUGUCUCUAAUCAAAAUAAUAUUCUGUUGAAGUUUUCUGUGUGAGGGAAAAUAUUAAUUUUUGGUUAACCAGACACAAUAUUUUUUCAAAUUUUCACAAAAACCUCAAAAUUCAUCCCUUCCCUCUGUAGAACAAGAACGCAUCUCGUGAAAAAUCACAAGAACAAUCAUUUUUUUCGUCUUGAUUCGAUUCGUUGACAAAACACGUGUGUUUAUUGUCUUUCUUCUUCUAUUUCUCUUCUUCUUCCUUUUUUAUCGAUAAAAUAAUAAUAAUAAACAAAAAUCUUUCAUUUUUCUCUAUCAAAUAGUUGGGGUUGGUUGGUUGUAUUUCCCAAUUUUUUGGUCACAUGUUUCUGCUAGACGAAAAGAACUAGCCAAAAUUUGCUGGAAAUUAUUGUGUCUGGUUAGUCUCGUGAGCCAACCAUAGAGAUAUCGGAAAAUAUUGAGAAUUUUUUCGAAAAUCUAGGAGUGGAAUUGAGAGAGUCUAGACAAAAUCAUAAGUUAUUUGUCUGGACUCUCUAAAUUUCACGUUGUCUCUAAUGAAAAUAAUAUUCUGUAUUGUUUUUCUUCAUAGGAAAUUUUUUUCCGAGUUUACCAAAAAAAAAAUUUUCUACAAAUUAUUUUUUUCAGAAAAUAACCCUAACCCUUCCCCCCAAAGUUUCCCCUCAUAAAAAUUCGCAACAUUUCAGUCUAUACCAAAUGGUGGUCGACCACCACCGCCACCACAAUCUUCCACGUCAUCAACAACUUCGACAGCAGCAGCCACGGCUUCUGGAACAACAUCCACAUCGACGUCAGCCACAACCACAAAUUAUCCACGACGUCGAAUUGGUCGACAAAUUAAAAAAGUCGAUGAAUUGCAUCCAUCACAAGAACAUCCCACGUGAGUUGUUUUUCCCUAAUUUUAUCAAAUUUUCAACUACUACAAGAGAAAAAUAGAAAAAUCCCUCUUUUUGUGUGGUUGGAAAUGGUCAAUUCAUAUUUUUUCGUAUUAACAUAUCAUUUUAUGACUGAAAACCGUAACUUUUUUGAUUUGAUUUGAAUUUUAAAUUUUCCAUCAUCUAUUUUCGUUCAGUUUUUUUUCAUCGCCUACACAAAUUCUAUAUUUUAUUUUUUGAACUAACAUGGAAUUUCCGAUAACUAAUGAAUUGAUAAAUGCGAAUAGACUUCUGCAGACUAGAAAUGAAAGAAAACGGUAUAGAAAAUAAUAAAUAUGAGAGGAGAGAUUUUAUUCAAAAAAAAUUUAAAUUUUCAGAAUGGGAUCGCAUUGGCUUUCUGGUGAAGAGCGAUCGCGUUUGGAAGCUGUUCAACAAGAUUGGCGAAGGAGUCGACCAAAUAAGGUUUGUAUUUUGAUUUUUUGAAAAUUGCACAAAAUUGAGCUGGGUUACUAAUCAAUGGUUUUCAAAAAAAAUUUCUAAAAAUUCUUCAAAAUGUAUAAUUUAUUGGUCCAGGUUUGAUAAAUUUAAUUUUUUUUUACAAAAAAUAGUUUUUAAUCAGAAAUUAAUUUUUUACGUGUUCUAAUUUACGUGAAACCUGGAUUUAUUUCAAAUAUUUAUAACAAGAAUGAACACCGGCGAUAGCCGGUGUAUCAUUCUUGUAUUUAUAAUUUCUCAUUCAUCAUUUUCAUAUUUUCGAAUUCUGACAGGAAAACUUUCAGAAUUAAUUUUGAGUCAUACAUAAAAUAGGUCCCCCUAGUCAGUUUUCAAAGUUAGGGUCCCUCCUUGAAAAUUUUCCAAAGUUAAACACCUGCCUCACAUUUUUGAGCGAAUUUUGGUAAAUUAUCAGCAGAAAAUUGGCCAAGUUAGGCACCCUUCCCUUCAGAUUUUUGAAAAAAGUUAAGCCCCUCACCCCGAUUCAGGGGACCCAUUUUAUGUAUGUUUUGAGUAAGAUAUCUAGAAAAAAAAUCCCAUCAGAUUUCUCAAAAAAAAUUUCCAGUAUCAAUGGUCGAAACCUCGAAGACCCGAUGAUAUUUCACCAAACAAUUCGAUUCUAAGUGUCGAAAGUGGCGGAACAUUAUCACCACAAAAAGUGGUGAGCAUAGUUUCACCAACAAACAACACAACAAUCACCAAUCAUCAUUAUCCGGCUCAAUCUUCUCAACAACAUCAGCAACAUCAAAAUCAUCUUGGUCCACGUGUACAACAUCAUACUGUAACAACAAAUUCAAAUGGGAUGAUAUCACCAUUGGCUGUCUCACCAACUUCGCAUCCUUCAAAUGCGCAUACAAAUAUUGCUGCUGCUGUAUUACAAAAUGCUGUUUCUAGUCCUCAACAUAAUAUUUUUGAUAGAUCGAGGUUAUCGAGUAAAACAACACCGCAAAAAGCGCAUCUUCUUCAACAUUCGCAUUUACAUGAUUCGUCGCCGCUGAAACCUGGAAUUGUGCCGAUUUCCACGCUGAGAACAUCUACGGAAACAUCAACAUCGAAUGAUGAAUCUGUGAAAACAUCGAUCGAAUCGAAAAGUGAAGCUGAAAAUGAGGAAACGCUGAAAAUAAGUGAGGAAGAAAGGCUGAAAAAAGAGCAGGAAAAACGGGAAGAAGAGGAGAAAGCGGCGAGGAAAAUUGAUAUUGAAGAUGAUUUUGAUGCGCAGGAAAAACCGAUUGAUAAGAGUAAAAGUGAGUUCAAAGGAUUUGUGAAAAAUGUAAUGUAUUUGAGCGAAAAAAUUAGAUCUCUGCAUGUUUCUGUAAAACUUUUAGGCUAGGAUCUAAAAAAUCUCAAUUUUGAUAUUUAAAAUUAAAAUGAUCCUCAGAUUUUUUGAAAAUAAAUUUUUGAAUUUUUCAAACGUUUUUUUGGACUUUUCCCCGAAAUAAAAAAAAAUUCAAAAAUUAAUUUUUCAAGCUAAAAAUCUAAUGUAUGUGAGCGAAAAAAACAGAUCUCUGAAAUUUUCUGUAAAACUUUUGGGCCUAAAAAUCUCACUUUUGACAUCCUCACAAUCAGAUCUUUUUGAAAUUUACCCCAAAAUUUGAAAAAAAAAAUUCAAAAAUUAAUUUUUAAAGUUUGGAUCUGAAAAUUCCAAAAAUCAAGUCUAGACCAAUUUUUUUUCCAGACGGUCGAUUUUUGAAAUUCGACGAAGAACUCGGUCGCGGUUCAUUCAAAACCGUCUUCCGCGGUUUGGACACUGAAACCGGAGUCGCUGUCGCUUGGUGCGAAUUGCAAGAAUCGAAAUUGAAUCGAACAGAACGGCAGCGAUUUCGAGAAGAAGCCGAAAUGCUCAAAGAUCUACAACAUCCAAAUAUUGUCAGAUUCUAUGAUUAUUGGGAAAGUAGUGAUUUGUCCGGAAAACGAAAAUAUAUUGUACUUGUUACUGAGUUAAUGACAUCUGGAACAUUGAAAAUGUAUUUGAAGCGAUUCAAGAGGAUAAAUAUUAAAGUGCUGAAAUCAUGGUGUCGGCAGAUUUUGAAAGGAUUAUCAUUUUUGCAUUCAAGAAGUCCGUCGGUUAUUCAUCGAGAUUUAAAAUGUGACAAUAUUUUUAUCACUGGAACAACUGGAAGUGUUAAAAUUGGAGAUUUGGGUUUGGCAACACUCAAAAAUAAAUCGUUUGCUAAAUCAGUCAUCGGAACUCCCGAAUUCAUGGCACCUGAAAUGUACGAAGAAAUGUAUGAUGAAAGUGUUGAUGUUUAUGCAUUUGGAAUGUGUUUGUUGGAAAUGGUGACUGGUGAAUAUCCAUAUUCUGAAUGUAUGAAUCCGGCGACGAUUUAUCGAAAAGUUAUUUCUGGAGUUAAGCCUGAAUGUUUUCAACGGAUACCACAACAAUAUCCGGAGAUUCGAGAAAUUAUUGAUCGAUGUAUUAGGUAAGGGGCUUUAGAAAAGAAAAACUGAAAAAUUUAUCAUUUGUAAAAUUCCUCCAUCGAACUUUGAAAAUUCCAAAAAAAAAAAACAAAAAUCCAAUAUUCAGUAUAAAAAUAUAAAAAUCCAAAUGAAAGAUGUUCAUCUCUAGAUUGCCCGAAUCUAUAUUAAAAGUUGUCAAAAGGCUUUCUCGAUUUUAUAGAGCCCCAGGAAAAGCUUUUCAGAAAUGGAGGGACUAGGAAAUUUCUAGUCCCUAAACUAUUUUUUCCUAGUCCCUCCAUUUCUCAAAUGCUUUUCCUCGGGCUUUAUAAAAUCGAGAAAGCUUUUUCGCAACUUUUUAAAUAGAUCCGGACAAUUAAAAAAAAUUCGGACUUUCUUUUUUCAGCCUUGGAAAAUUCUCCAUAGAUCUUCGAAAAUUCCUUUUAAAAAAAUUUAAAAUUCAUUUUUUCCUUUCAGGGUUCAUCGAGAAGAGCGAAGUACUGUCAAACAACUUCUCGUCGACGAUUUCUUCACACCCGAAGAUCUUGUCGGAAUUCGAGUUGAGAUUAAAAAUCGCGACACUGAUCUCAACGAGCUCAAUGUCGAGAUUCAAAUGCAACUCCGAGUUUACGACGAGAAAAAACGGAAACAAUAUCGAUUCAAAGAAAAUGAGGGUCUCCAAUUCGCAUUCGAUAUUGAAAAUGAUAGCGCUGAUGAAGUUGUGCAACAAAUGAUUGAACAACAACAUAUACCGGAUGAGGAUACGAAAAUGAUUACGAAAUUGAUUCGGGAUAAAGUUGAUGCGUUUAAAAGGGAUCGAGAUCAUCGAUUAGCUGAAAUUAAGAGAAAAGAAGAGGAGGAAGAGAGAUUGAGAGAGGAACAAGAAGUUAAAGAGGAAUUGAGAAUUCGAGCGGAGAAUAAGGAGAAAGAGAAAGCUGAGAAGGAACGGAUUGAGAAAGAAGCUGCGGCAGCGGCUUCCGCAGCCGCCGCAACAGCUGCAGCAAUCUCUUCUCAACCACCACCAACUCCCACUCCCGCCCAAGUCACACCAUCUCAACCAACCUCUUCUGCUGCACCAAUAGUACCACCAAGUUCCACAACACUUAUCACUUCUACAAUACUACAUCCGCCUUCAGUUGAAUGUUCGACACCUAGUUCAAUUCAACCGGUUUCUUCGCCAGUCUCGGCAACAACUACAGUAGUCUCACAGACUCUUCAUCAACCGCAAGUUCAGAAUGUUGUGCAUCCCACGUUGACUGUGAUUCAUAAUAUGGAAAUUGAACAGGAGGUGAGUUUUGAGGAUGAGAUUGAAAAUUGGAAUUUUUUUGAUUUUUAGAAGUUUUGUUCACCCAGAAGCUGUAAAAUCUAAUCAAAUUUUAAAAAAUAGCUCAAAAAUCUAUUUUUUUAAUUGAAUUUUAAUAAGAUAGAAAAAGCCGAAAUCAAAUCUGAAAUUUUUUCCAAAAAUGUAAAAGAAUUUCUAUGAACAAAAAUUUCUGAUUUUAUGGAAGUUAUCAGAUUUCAGACGAUUCCCUUUCUCGAAAAAUUGCAAUUAUUUAAAUUACCAGGCAACCCAGAAAUAAACAUGGUCUGAAAAGGAAAAUUUGGGGACUAGAAAUUUCCUAGUCCCUGAAUUUCUCAAAAGCUUUUCCUCGGGCUCCAUAAAAUCGAGAAAGCCUUUUCGCAACUUUUCAUAUAGAUUCUGAAAAUCUAGAGAUGAAUAUAUUCUUUCAUUUUAGACAAUGUUUAUUUCUGGGCCAUAUAAGUGGGAUCUGAACGAUUUCUAGAAGUUAUACAUAUUGAUUGGUCUAAUUUUAACCAAAAAAUCUGAAGCCCUAGCAAAAUAACACCAAAAAUUAGAAAUUUGGGAGAUUCGUUAUUAAAUAUUGAUCUCAAAAAUUUACCCCAAAUUACAAUUUUUCAGCCGAAAGAUGAACAUGAUGGAAUAUCGAUUUCAACUCCAACAAUUCUGAAUAACACAGUUCCUCGAACAAUUUCAACAGAAAUGUCAACAAUGGUCACAUCACCUGGUUCAAUAACUCCAUCAAUUUUUGCCGAUGAUUCGAAUUUGUCAUGUGAAGAGCGAAAAAAGAUCAAUAAAAAGAAGAUAAUGUUGGAAAUCUUGAAAGUUGAUAUGACGAAAAGUGUUCCGUUGGUCUCUUGCAAAUUGGAUACAGCUCACAAAACAGUCACAUUUCAAUUCGCACUGGGAACCGAUAAACCAAAUAUGAUUGCACAGAAAUUGUUGAGCGAAGAUUGUUUAUCACCGGCGAAUACGCGAAUUGUUGAAGCGCAAUUGGAAGAAGUUAUCACGUUGAUCAAAUCGGAACCGCCCAAUAAAGGAAUUGGCAGCAAAUUUGCGACGGUUUUAGAUGAAUCGAAUUUGACGGGAGUUCCUGUAAUUACAGCAAUGAUUGCGACACCAGAUGGAGAAGAGGAAAAAGUUGUGAGGAAAUUGUCAGGAGAGGAGGAAAACAAGAAAAUUGGAGAGAUUAUUAUAUCACAACCAACGCCCGUUUCGGUAACACCUGAACCAACUUCAGAUGUUGUUUCGACGCCAGUGCCUGUUACACCAACACCUGCGCCAGCUGUGAAAUUAUCGAGAUUCCAAGUUGGUUUUUUAUAUAUAAAAUACUAUAUUUUUUCUCCCCACAAAACAAUUCAAUAUAGUUCUUUUCUUUUCUUUAUCUUUAUCUCUUUUCAAUUUUUAAUAUAAAAAAUGCAUUUUUGUUUUGAAACUGAAAGAAAUUCAUUUUAAAAUUUUUUGAGCUGUUAUUUUUGCAGGUCACAAAAUCUGAGCCAAUCGCAACACCAGCAGUUACAACUCCAGUCGCUGUCAACAUCGAACCAUCAGCCACAGUUGUAUCAUCAGCCAACACAACCAUCAGCACAAAUACAACAACAUCCACAAAUCUUCUCGCAACUCCCUCACCAGUUUCACAUUCAUUAUCAUCGAAUUCGUCGCCAAGUGCAACGACACAUUCGAAUAAUUCGUCGGUAACAUCAACGGCAAGUGCGGCUGUCAGAAGGUUUACAGUUCAACCUGUAUCACAAGCGGAAUCUGGAAUAUCUUCUUCGAUUUCCACACCGCUACCUGAACAGAAUCAGCAACCAAUUCCACCACCGAUUCCUAGUAAUCCACCAGUUGUUUCGAGUUCAUCGCUGAUCUUGAAUUCCGAAAAUUCGACAUCGAAUUUGAGUGAAAGCGCGUCUUCAAGUGCUACAGUAGUCAUGGAUUCUGUGAACACUGAACCAACUCAAACACAAACACAAAAUGAUGUGUUGACUCAACUCGACUCGGAACUUCGGAAAGUCAGUGGAGCAUCGCAUUCAGCCUCGCCUUCUACAGUUGUUGAUAAUACACAAACACCACAAACCACUGCACAGCCAACUGUUCCACCAUCGAUUUGUCCGGCGGUAAGUGGAAUCAUACAUAAAAUGGGUCCCCUGAAUCGGGGUGAGGGGCUUAACUUUUUUCAAAAAUCUGAAGGGAAGGGUGCCUAACUUGGCCAAUUUCCUGCUGAUAAUUCACCAAAAUUCGCUCAAAAAUGUGAGGCAGGUGUUUAACUUUGGAAAAUUUUCAAGGAGGGACCCUAAUUUUAAAAACUGACUCGGGGGACCUAUUUUAUGUAUGAGUGGAAUUUAGAGGAAUGUAGAAAAUAUGUCUGAAAUUUUCAGCAAUCUUCGACGAACGCUGGACAAAGUGUACCGCAGACACCGAAUCGAAUUGAAGCCGAAGCUGGUUUAGCUGGUGGGUUUUUUGGGGAAUUUUAUGAAAGCCUGUUAGAUUUUGAAAAAUUUUAGUUUUAAAAUGGUUUAAAAUUGAAAUCUUUGAGGUUCAUUCUUCGAAAAAUUGAUAAAAAUUAAAAUUUUUCAGAAUCUUAUUGAAAUUAUUGAAAAAUUUUUUGGCAGUUUUUGAAUCGGACCCGAUUUUUAGGGUUUUCUGAAUCGGCCCAGGGUGACAUUUUUUCAAUAGGAAUUGGACCACAAAAAAAGAAUCGGACCAGGUCCGAUUUUUUGAGAAAAAUUCUGAAUCGGGCCCGAAAAAUCGGACCACUUUUUCAAAAUUUCCUGAUUUUUGCACCAAAAAAUUGACUUUUUUGAAAAAGUGGUCCAAUUUUUCGGGUCCGAUUCAGAAUUUUUCUCAAAAAAUCGGACCUGGUCCGAUUCAAAAUUUGCCAAAAUUUUUCCUGAAAUUUUAUGAAAGGCUAUUAGAUUUUGAAAAUUUUUAGUUUUUAAAAUUAAAAUUUUUGAAGUUAAUUCUUCAAAAAUUGAUAAAAAUUACAAUUUUUCAGAAUUUUAUUGAAAUCAUAGAAUUAAAAAUGAUCUAAAAUCCUCAAUUUCACAAAAUCCAUUUUCCAGGCUUACAUGAACGACUGGAAGCUCUCAAAUUGGAACAAGAAGCCAAAAAUGAACGUGAAAAUGAAAAUGAGGAAUCUGGCCAUGCAGCUGGUCCUCAAGAAGAAGGCGGAGAAGAAACGGAUGGAAAAAUACCAAUUGACACACUCAAAGGCUUGGCUGAAGCUCUUGGAAAAGUUAUUCAUACGGAUGCUCGAGAAGCCACACCAAUGCCAUCCACAAUUAAUGAGGAACAAAUUAUUGAGCAGGUUGGUAGUUAUUUUUUAUUUUUUAACAAGUAUCUAAUCAUGUUAUUGUGAGUCUCCUUAUUUUCAUCAUACUAACUUUAGCCAAUAAUUUCGCCGCCUAACGUGUUGCCCGAUUUGUCGGCUACUUCUUCAACAGUAUUAGUGGCUGAGGGAGAAAAAAGAGAAAGAAGUUGUGCUAAAUUCCACUGCUCCUAACAAUAAAGAUGAGGAAUUAGCUGUGAAUAAUGAAAAUGUGGAUGCUGAAUCUGUUACAUCGGGAAGAAUGACGAAAGCGUCGACGAGCACGAGAUUGGCGACGUUUGAGAAUUUGGAAACGGCACUUUCGUCGACACUUGGAACACAUUUGAGACAAAAUGCACCGCCUUCGAGAGAUGAGGGACCAUCUACACCGAAUAUACCAUUUAGUAUUGGAACACCGCCGUCGCAUAGUCCGUUGCCUGUUUCAGAAUGUGAUUAUGAUUUGAAGGUUCGGCUUUUUUGUUUAAUUUUUUGGUUGGGCUUUUUUUUGCGGAAGAGGAAUAUUUUGCUUUCUAAUUUUAAUUGGUAGAAUUUUUAAUCGAAAUAUUUUUUGUUUUAAAAAAUACUUUCACAAGAAAUUUUUGAACGAUAAUUUUUUUUGGCAGCAGAAAAAAUUGGCUGAAAUUUUUAAAAUUACAACCAAUUAUCUCCCCACAAAAUCAACUUUUCCCUCCACAAAAUAUCUUCUCUCAGGGCCAAAUGGAUUUGGAAGGCGAAGAUCCAGAAGUGAUUCGAAUGAUUGUCAAACAUCGAAUGGAACAACACGAACUUCUCGAAAAACAACGAGUCGAGAUCGAACAACUUCGAUCACGAAUUCGAGUUCAACGAGCCGCCACAGCUCAACCCGAUUUAUUAUUAUCGGAUCAAAAUGAUGAAAUUGACGAUGAUAUUCCGAUUGAUGCGGAUUCGACGAUGUUGGCAAAAGAUCCCAAUAGUUUCGCGACGACUUUUUCGCUGCCGACAAGUCCGUCGCCACAUCAGCAACAAUUGAGUCAACUUGUUUCGGAGGUUGGUUUUUUGGGGUUUUGAGAUUUUUGAGGAAUUCAUGAGAAGUUCAGGGUUUUGACUAGAAACUAGAAGGAAAAAUAUUCAAGGUUCUGAAAUUCCAGAAUUUUGAAAUUUUGGAUUUUAUUACUGCAAAAAAUUUCAUUCAUUACUCGAAAGAUUUCACAAAAAAUAUUUUCAAAAAAAAUUUUAACUUGAAAAUGAACGGGUCUAAAAAAAAUACCAGAUUUGUUCAAAUUUCAAAACCCUCAACCCAAUUUUCGCAUUUUGUAGAAAAUCAAGUAGAAUUCUGGAAUCGCAGUUUUUCAACUUCAAAAAAUUAUUUAAAAAUUCAUAUGAGAAUUUGAAAAAGUUCAACUAGAAAUUCUAAAAAUUAAAAAAAUUUAAGCUUCAUCAAACCUUUUCCCCCAAAAAAAUAUUCUAAAAAUCUUCAUUUUUCACGGUCUAAAAACCAGACUCUCAUUCGAAUCUCAAAACCCCAACCCCCAAUUUUUUCGCAGGUUUCAAAAUUGCUCGAUUUCUCAACAUCACCAUUAUCCACAUCUUCUGCCACAAAUCGUAUGACAAUGUCACAAACCGCAGGUGCCCCAACAAUUUCACCAUCUCCAUCAUCUUCUUCACGUCUUCGAGAUAAUCAAUCAGCGCCACCCAGAAAUCCCCAAUAG